ACACGAGACGUACUUCCCCAGCUGCUGAGAAUAGAAUUUUGAAAUCGGAAAAGAAAGACAGGAGGUUUAUCAUCGACUGCGCAUCUUAAGCUACAAACAGUAGAUGUUUGGCAUCAUUAAGCAAAAAUAGGGUGUUCCAAUAGUUCUUGAUGGUAACAAAGUAGUGGCAGCACCUAACGCAGUAAUAACACAAAAAUAUUAGAUUUUUCUAGCAUUCUUGUGAAAGGCAAAUUCAUGGUUUUGACCACAUGUAAAUAAAAAGAUUAAAUAUAGAACGUUUAUUUGAUUAACGAUGCUACAUACAAUACAGUGCUACCAAUAUGCACUAUAACGCACGAAAGUACCUUGUGCAAGUGGUGUCACAGUAUGUUUGUCAUUAAAAACGUAAAACCGUGAACCAAAAACUCAACGGGAAAUCCACUCCUUCUGUUUUAAUGACGUCACAGCCAUUCCCACAAUGCCUAGUAACACGCAGGCGCACUGUAAAACAAAAUAAUAAAAUAAGACAGCUCUUGGAUCAGAGAUGGCGGGCGCCUCCGACCCCCUGGAAGAUAUGUUCUUUUCAGAGGUGGAUGAAAAAGCUGUGAGCGACUUGGUGGGCUCUUUGGAAUCACAGCUUGCUGGCCAGAGCAACCAAGCUGGUAAAACGGACGAAAACGGAGGCGCUGGCUCUGUGGCCCCUGCUAACCAUCUAUUAGGAAAAACGCUACCAGCUCCAGUGGGCACCACAACACUAGAACAACAACAAGGACGUGGAAAUAAACCCGAGAUGCGCCAGGAGAUCAAGUGUAAAGAGGUUUGUCCGGAUAAAUCCACCACCCCACCAUCUCUUGGCUGUACCCCGUCUUUUGGAGAGCCCUCCACCACUUCGGCUCCUUCUGUCAACGCAGCGGGUAGCGGAGCUCAAUCACAUGGAGCAUCCGUCACAACACUGACUGCGCCUGGUGUGUCAACUUUGGCGUCGCCGGCAGCCAGCAUCAGCACCACAUCUAGUCGCGGCUCCAAGGUUUCUCCCAGUUCAGGUGAGGCGUCGACAGAAGCUAAUCCGGCCCGAAAACGCAUCACUACGCCUCGGAGGAGCACCUCGGCUCGGAUAAAGAGUUUUAACGGCGCGACAGUGACGACGCGGAGGAACAGUAACACCGCGGUACCUGAAACCGUUAGCUCCCCGGAUCCCAGCACAACUCCACCAAACUCGACUCUUCCCCCAUCCUCCAUUAACACGUCAACUUUCACCGUAUCCAACGCCAAUCUGCCGGUGGGUCAAUCGGCCAUCGCUUUGGACAGAGGGACUCCCACCAUUUCUUUGCAAAGACUCCCAAGUCACAUUGUAGCCAGUAUAACACAGAACGGCAACGGGGCCAGUGUCACAGCCUUGGUUCAACAGGGAGCCGCCGCGGAACCCAGCAGCUCCCCACAGGAGACGAACAGCAAACCAGUCUCAGAGACUGGAGCAUCCAAAACAGACGAUUGUCAGUCCAAAAUUGUAAUGUCAAGUCAGUCUGGCAGUGUAAACUCUGUAAUAAACGCUGUUUCAUCUGCGCCUGCUGUUGUCACACCACCACCACCACCACAACCACCACCACCAGCACCAACAACAACAACUACGACUCCUUCUCUGACCCCUAUUACCACCACUGCUGCAGCUACAACCACCACAACCAUAACCCAGCCUCCGAGCUGCACCACGACCACUGUUUGUGUCACAGCACCGGUAACUACUACUGUAUGUGGUCAUGUUACGUCAGUGGCCACCACUAUUAGCCUGGUCAGACCCGCAGCCCCUUCUCCGACACCUGCUGUGGCCACGUCUGCCCAGUCUCAACCCCGUCCUGGACUUACAGCACCUCAAAGGAUUGUAGCCCCCCAGCUAAUUGUAAGACCACCUCAGCAGCAGACUACCAUUCAACUGCCCCCUGGGUUUACCAUCCCACCUGGAAUGGUUUUGGUUCGAACAGAGUUGGGUCAGCUGGUCAUGGUUCCACAGCAGGCUUUGGCUCAAGUUCAGGCUCAGGCCCAGGCUCAGGCCCAGGCUCAGGCCCAGGCCCAGGUCCAGGCCCAGGUCCAGGUCCAGGUCCAGGCCCAGAACAGCAUCUCUCCUCGUCCUGCCACGCCCACCACAGGAACGUCAUUCAGAGUGACAACGCCACAGUCUCCGGUGACGUCUCCGACCACCCGGCAGUGUCCUUUGACCCCGGCCAAGGUGGCACCGUCUCCUUCUCCUGCCUCUUCCAGCUCUGUCCUGCAGACCUCCUCCUCUUCCUCUUCCUCCUCUUCCUCCUCUGCUUCCUCCACUUCCUGUCCUGCAGUCCGCCCAAAAGGCCCCGCGGCGCCGGCCAUCGCUGUGACGGCUCCGCAGCAGACCCCGAUGGUGAUGACGCCCCAGGCCACGGCCCAGGCCGCCUCCCAGCCAGUGCAGCCCGUGCAGACGGGCAUCGCAGCGGCCCCGGGGGCCUCUGUCGUGUCCCAGGAAAUGCAAGAGAAUGUGAAGAAGUGCAAGAAUUUUCUGGCCACACUGAUCAAGUUGGCGUCUCACAAUUCUCCGUCCCCUGAAACCUCCAAGAAUGUCAAAGCUCUGGUUCAGGACCUGCUGGAUGCUAAAAUUGAACCGGAGGAGUUCACCAGCCGACUGCAGACUGAGCUGAAGUCGUCUCCACAGCCUUACCUGGUGCCCUUCCUCAAGAAAAGCCUCCCAGCCUUGAGGCUGUCUCUGCUGAACAGUCAGCAAUCCCUGAUUCAGCCUCCACAACAGGGAGUCAAACCAGCACCUGGUGGCGUCCCUCCUGCCAUUGUGACAGGGCCAGGCGUUCGCAUACGACACCCCAACAGUGUGAGCACCACGACGGGGGCCACCGCUCUGCCCACUGGGACACUGGGACACGUGGGCGCCAUGGGUGUUAAGACAGCGGCCACUGUUGGUGGCCAGGUGCGGAUGCCCGUGGUGAUCACACAGUCUGUCAGAGCACAAGGGACAAUAGGGAAGGGGGCCGUCAUCCAAGCGGGGAGAGGUGCCAUGGGAAUGGCGGUUCAAAUCUCCGGGAAUCAGAAAAACAAGCUCAAUGACCCCGGAGGAGGCUCGUUCAGGGAUGAUGACGACAUUAACGAUGUGGCGUCCAUGGCUGGAGUUAACCUGAACGAGGAGAGUGCCAGAAUACUUGCCACCAACUCAGAACUUGUGGGAACUCAGAUCCGCUCGUGUAAAGACGAGGCCUUUCUCCAUCCAGGACUGCUACACAGACGGAUUCUGGAAACAGCCAAGAAGUUCGGAGUCACGGAUGUCCCCAUGGAGGCAGUAACGUUCAUCUCACACGCCACGCAGUCACGUCUCCGCACGGUGGUAGAAAAGGUCUCUACGAUCGCCCAGCAUCGACUGGACUCCUGUAAGGACGACGAGUACUACGAGCAGAACGCCGACGUCCGCUCUCAGCUGCGCUUCUUCGAGCAGUUGGAGAGGAUGGAGAAGCAGAGGAAGGACGAGCAGGAGAGGNUGAUCAUUUUGUCUGCAGAGAAACCUCGCUCCAGGCAGGAGGACCCAGAGCAAGCUAGACUGAAACAGAAAGCUAAGGAGAUGCAGCAACAGGAGCUGGCACAGAUGAGGCAGCGAGACGCAAACCUUACAGCGUUAGCCGCCAUCGGACCCCGCAAAAAACGUAAGGUGGACUCUCCAGGGGCCACGCCAUCAGGGACUGAGGUGCCAGGCAGCGCGGCGGGGUCUCCGGCCAGCUCCUCGGUGCCGUCCACCUCGUCGCGCCAGUACACGCGGCAGCGCAUCACACGCGUGAACCUCAGGGACUUAAUCUUCUACAUGGAGCAGGAGAGAGAGACCACCCACUCCCUCCUCCUCUACCGAGCCCUGCUCAAGUAGCCUGAGCCUGGGCUCGCCACCCACCUCAACCUCAACCUCCUCCUCCUACAUCUCCUCCUCCUCCUCCUCCUCCUCCUUCCCAGCCACGUGCCUUCGAAUCAGGUCUAAUGUUUCAGUCGUGUCUCCAUGAGUACUGUAGUGAUGUCUGAUGUAGCUUUUCAUAGAAAAGAACGAAAAGAAAAGAAAAAGAAAAAAACUUCGACCAUGCAGUCACUUGUUCUCUUGUUUAGCCUCACUGUCUGUGGUUCCGUUUAAAGGCCAUAUCUGAAGCCUGUUGAGAUUGAAGGGUCAGUUUAACCGUCUUUUUCUUUUAACCUCCGACUUGUUCCUCGUACGUUGGGUAGUUUUACGCUGACAUCACCGGCAGCAGCAGCAGCAGCAGCAGCAGUUUAGAUCAACCUCCUACUCCUCUGGCAGAGAGAGAGAGAGAGAGAGAGCGAGUUAGAGCGAGCUCACAUCUCGAUACAGCCUACGACGUUUUUUUUUUGUUUGUUUUUUUUUUCUCAGCCUGUUUGUUCAACACCUGAAUGUAGUUCAGUUGAAUUCUCUCUGCGCCGACACAUCAAGCAUUUCAAAGCUAACGGAUUCCACAUAACAGCAGUUCAAACAAGUUCUUUACGUGUAAAUAGUUCCUUUUUUUGUUGAAUUAUUUUAGGGCAUGUAUAAUUUUAACAUGUGUAUCUUUGUAAGAAAAAAAACUAAACAACACAAACGUAAAGAGUAAGUCACGUGUCAGUGUUCGUAAAAACCUGGUGAUUUGACUGAGCAACAUCUGAGUUGGUUUCGUUUCUCCUCCUGUCGUGCCACUGACUUUUACACCUGCCGCGGAUCACGACACGCACGUCAGCUCCUGAUUGGUCGGUCUCCUCUGAUUAAAUUAGUGGGUUUUUUUUAGGGCUGUCGAAGUCAACGCGAGAAUCAAAUAAUUUGUAUUUUUAACUCAUCUUUAAAUCUGAACGUCUGCUUCUUCAACUGGUCGUCCACUUUAAUUAUCUGCACGUGUCGUCCAACUUGAGGUCAGGCGUCUGUCUUUAGUCCGACUGCAGGACAGUCUAGACAGUCUACGACUGUGAGGAAGUGUAGACUGAAUAGUUUGGUUGAGGACGAGGACUUGACUUGAGUUCAUCAACUGUCGAAGCAAAAAUUUUAACUAAAACUUAAUAUCAAUAUUUUUCCACGUGAAUUAUUCCAUUUGGAUUAUUCAAUGUUAGUUAGUUGUUUGUCUCAGCACAUUCACAUUAAACAAACUAUAUGUUUUGACAUUUUUAUUUGUGUUGAUUUAUCUCGAUUAAUCACGAUUAAUCAAAAUGAAUCGUGAUUAAUCGAGACUGAUCAGGAUGUAUCGAUUAAUCGUGAUUAAUCCGCAGCUACCUUGUAAUUACUCAGACUGAUUUUGAUGGUUUGACAGCCCUAGGAUUGUGUUGCUCUAGUGUUUGUUUUUAUUUAAUGUCGUCGUCUUUCGCUGUCGUGCCAUGACAACAAACUUUUACUGAAAAUGAUUUUAGGCUCAGAGGUUAAAUAUUCUGGAUCAGACAUUCCUCUUCGUUUUCUUUUACUGAACAUUCGUGAUGUUUGAGAGAUAAAAAAAAAAGAAAACAUUUCACUUCAUCUCACUCUUGUCGAGUUCAUUCAAACCUUAGAACUGAUUUAUUAAUUAUUAUUUUAUUUUUUAUAAAAACUGUUGGAGCAGAUGGAAACAAACAGUCCCUGAUUUUUUGUCGCCUAAUUUUUGUUUUUUUCGUUUUAGUUUUUUUUACCACACGUGUCACGUAGUGAUGUUUCAUGUUUUUAAUUUAACUAAAAAUCCUGGCCUCUAUGCAGACUUUUUUGUCACAAUGACAUUUAUUUAAUUAUGUUAGAAAGUUGUUGUGCGUUGUACAAUUAGACAGCACUUUUUUUUAUAAAUAUAUCUGUUUUUCUGACUGAAACGACUGAUCAGUGAAAACACAACAGUAUUUACCAGUACAUUUAUUUUUUAACAAUUAAUAUAUUUCCUAAUUCUUUUUUUCCCACUUUAUUUUCUCUUCUUCCUCUAAGUUUCGUACACUUUUAUUGAGGUUUGACCUCUUUUUUUUUUCUAACCACCAAAUUUUCUCUAAGGAAAAAAAACCCACAUAUCUUGAAAAACAAGCACAACAACCGAUCUGAUUUGAGAUGAUUUUAAAAAGUCGUUUCUAUGGUUUCCGGUGUUUUCACGGGAGGACGUUUCUACUACCGCAGCUUUUUAGCCAAAAUCUGAUACUACGAUAUUCCUGAUGUAACUAGACGGAGAAAAAAAAGCAUUUCAUUAUAAGGAUGAUUUGUAAAUAUUGUUUACAGAACUGUGUUUAUUAGAACCACGUUAUUUUUGGUAAAACUCUUGUACAUAUCCUUGAAAAGAUUUCCUGUUUGUGUGAGAAAAAAAAAUCAUUAAUUAUGUAUUUGUACCUAUUUUGUAAAAGAAUAAAUAAGCUGUUUACUAAACUGAA